AUGGAGUCUUUUGUUAUUCCUGGAACAUUUCUCGGAUUUAAGGAUGAGAAGACAGUAGAGGGCGAUUUUACACAUGUUCACUGUGGGAAAAUUCUCGCCACUGUUGCAGGCCGCGUUAAUAAGUCAUUAGAAUCAGAUUCUCGAACCAGGAUAUCCGUUUUACCCAUUCGGAAAGCUUGCCCGACUCCCGACGUUGGUUCAAUCGUCAUCGCAAAGAUUGCCAACAUUACGCGUCGUUUUGCCCGCUGUGACCUCGUUGCAAUAGACGACCGACCUCUAGCCGGCAAAUUUCGUGGCAUGAUCCGCCGUGAGGAUAUUCGCGCAACCCAGCGGGAUCGUGCCGAACCUACACUCUCCUUCCGUCCCGGUGAUCUGGUCCGUGCGCGAGUCAUAAACAUUGUGGGCUCCAGUUCUGGUGCAUACGCCUCCACCUGCCUCCCUGAGGCGGAGGCAUGCUGCGCUGAGGUAGGUGAGGUGAUUGCGGCGGCACGUGCCGUCGCUGGUGCUGUCCAACCCUCUCCAGCGCACGGGGUUACUGGAUCAAGUGCUGCUACGACCACUUAUCUCCUCUCUACGGCGGAGGAAGAGCUUGGUGUGGUGCUGGGCCUCGGACGCCCUCCGCUCAGCGGAACCGCUAAUGUUCUCGGUGCCACCUCUGGAUGCCCUCUUUUGCCUACCAGCUGGACGGAAAUGAUUUGUCCCCGUACCCUCGUUAGAUUCCCGCGUAAGGUGGCGCGGGUUCCUGACGAACUGUUAAAAGUGCUUUUGUGUAACUCGGAGGAGAUGAGCUCCUCUAGACUCUCGACAUCAAGUAAAACAUUCUCCAAAUCUGUGGCGUCGCUGCGGAAAUCUACUAGACAAUGGGUGCGUCCCUGUAUAACUGGGGCAGAUUGUGUUAACUACUGA